CACAGACUUUUAAUGAAUUAAUACUACCAUAUAAUGAAAACAAUUUUGGCAAAAAUCUUAACUUUGAUAAUUUUGAAAAUAGUACUGCUACUAAUGAAAAUUCUAAUAAUAAGCAAGAUAUGACCAAUAAUACUAAAUUAGAAAAAUCUAAAUAUAAUUUAGUACAACAAGAUGGAAAAUAUAUGGUUUGUACAUGGUGUAUUGAUGCAAAAUGUAAUAAUAUUUUCGUAACAGGUACUCA